AUUAUUACAACAAUAAUAAACUUAUUAUUUAUUGAAAACAAUUGACAUCAGAAGAAUUAAGAAAAGUUGAAGGAAAAUGUCUUCAAAAGUAGGAAGAACGUUUAGCCAAAAUUCAUUAAAUAUUAUGAAAAAAAUGAAAGAUUCAGGCAUAUUUUGUGAUGUAAUCCUUAAGACAGAAGGAGAAAAGUUUCCAGUUCAUAAAUGCAUCAUGGCUGCUAAUUCCUACUUUUUUGAAAUAUUAUUCAUCAAUACAACGGAUGGAGAUAAAAGAAAAGAAGUUCCAUUAGAAGAUAUCGACAAAGAAACCCUUCAACACAUCAUAGAUUAUCUUUAUUGUGGAAAAAUUGAACUGAACUCAGAAAAUGUUCAAAAAAUUUUUGUUGCCGCUGAUGAGUAUUUGUUCUCAGAAUUAAUGGAGGAAUGUUGUUCCUAUAUGAUACAUCAUUUAGAUUCGAAAAAUUGCAUUUCUAUUAAAAAUAUAGGAAAAUAUUAUAGAAAUAUCACCUUAGAAAAAUCGGCUCAUCAGUAUUUAAUGAAAAAUUAUGUUGAAGUCUCAAGUCAGAAUGAAGAAUUGAUGGAAAUGACAACCGAAGAACUGAUAAACGUCUUGAAUUGUGAAGAAUUAAAUGUUAAAGAAGAAGAAUUAGUUUGGGAUACUGUAUUGCGAUGGAUAAACAUAAAUCCACAAGAGAGGAAGAAACAUAUGCCUGAUUUAUUGAAAUGCAUACGUCUAGGGCUUCUCGAUUCUGAUUUUUUCAUGAGAACUGUGAAAACACAUCCAUACGUCACAGAAAACGAAGAUUGUUAUCCUCUUAUAACGGAAACAUUAAAAUUUCUAAACGAUUUGGAAACCAUAAGCCAGAGAUCCGAAGAAAUUCUAACCCCAGACUUGGCUCUGCCUCGCAUCCCUCACGAAAUAAUUUUUGCUAUAGGGGGAUGGAGUUCUGGUUCUCCAACCGAUUACAUCGAGACAUACGAUAGCAGAGCAGACAGAUGGGUAAAGAUGAAUGAAGUUGAUCCUGCUGGUCCAAGAGCUUAUCACAGAUGUGCAGUAAUAGAUCAUAAUAUCUACAUAAUUGGUGGAUUUGACGGAACGAAUCAUUAUAGCGGAUGCCGCUGUUUAGAUACCAUCGAAAAACAGUGGAAAGAGAUUGCUCCGAUGCAUUGCAGACGAUGCUAUGUGAGUGUAGCUGUACUAGACAAUCUUAUAUACGCUAUGGGUGGAUAUAAUGGGAUGCAUCGUCACAAUACCGCCGAGAGAUACGAUCGUAGAACAAAUCAGUGGACGAUGAUGGCACCAAUGCAUAUGCAACGAAGCGAUGCCGAUGCCACAACUCUAGGCGGUUUCAUUUAUAUCAUCGGUGGUUUUACAGGACAACAGUGCCUUGAUUCGGCCGAACGUUACAACCCGCAAUCUAAUCAAUGGACUCUAAUUUCAAAUAUGAGCAGCCGAAGAAGUGGUGUAUCUUGCAUCGCUUUCAACGAUUGCGUUUAUACUCUGGGUGGAUUCAAUGGCUUGGAAAGAUUACAAACUGUUGAGAAGUACAAUCCUCGUAAUGAUACGUGGUCAGAAGUACCCGAUAUGGCAACAUCACGAAGUAACUUUGCUGUAGAAGUUAUCGACGAUAUGAUAUUUGCCAUCGGGGGAUAUAACGGAGAGAGUAUCAUAUGUCGAGUCGAGUGUUACAGCGAAGCAACUAAUCAGUGGUACGAAGCAACCGACAUGAACAUUUUUCGUUCGGCAUUAGCUGCUUGCAGAAUAAAUCAGAUACCUAAUAUCACUGAUUAUAUCCAUAAAUAUCGAGAAAAACUGCUAGAAGAGAAAAGACAAAGACUUCUAGAAUUGAGAGAAAUGGAAACAGAACUAGAUUAGUGGACAAAUAAAAAAAGACGAGUAGUGAAAAAUUGACAAAAUAUCUAUCCAAUAAAGUAUUGUUUUGGAAAUUAAUGAGAUUAUCUAAAUUCUCGCAUAAAUAACGUUUAAGUCUUCUGUUUAAGAAGAAAAACAUUUAAAAUUUUCAUUUUUACAUGCAAUUGUCAAUCUACUUUAUCAGAUUAAAUAAAAGUAUAA